AUGGCCCGCCGCCUCGCUGUCCUGCUCCUGCUCCUGGCCUUCGGCUGCCUGCUGGGCAUCCUCCUCCUCCUCCUCGGCUCCGGGGACACACGGGGCCCGCCGGGCUUCAAGUACGGCAUUGUGCUGGACGCUGGGUCCUCCCACACGGCCAUGUUCAUCUACAAGUGGCCUGCAGACAAGGAGAAUGACACCGGGGUGGUCAACGAGCACGGCAUGUGUGAUGUGGAGGGUCCUGGCAUCUCCAGCUACAGCUUGAACCCUCCAGCAGCUGGGACAAGCCUGGAGCACUGCCUGAACCAGGCCCUGAGAGAUGUGCCCAAGGAGAAGCACGCAGGCACCCCGCUUUACCUAGGUGCCACGGCUGGCAUGCGCCUGCUCAACAUUGCGGACCCACAGGUGUCAGAUGCUGUCCUCAGAGCUGUAGCAGCCACACUGAAGAUGUACCCCUUUGAUUUCCGGGGAGCAAAGAUCCUGUCAGGGGAAGAGGAAGGGGUCUUUGGCUGGGUUACUGCAAACUAUCUCCUGGAGAACUUCAUCAAGCGUGGAUGGCUUGGAGAAUGGAUCCAGCCUCAGAAGAAGACCCUGGGGGCCAUGGACUUUGGAGGUGCUUCCACACAGAUCACCUUUGAAACCAGGGACACGAUUGAAAACCCCAGAAACAAAGUGAUGCUGAAACUGUAUGGCCAGGCAUACAAAGUGUACACACAUAGCUUCCUCUGCUAUGGGAGGGACCAGGUCCUCAAGAGGCUUCUCUCCAAGCUCCUCCAGGCUGAGAGCUACCAAGCAACUGUCUUCCAUCCCUGCUGGCCUAUGGGCUACAACAAGAGCUUGUUGCUGAGCAGCAUCUAUGACAGCCCCUGCACAGAGAAGGAGAGGCCAAGCCUUGCCCUCAACUCCACUGUUACCUUGGUUGGCACUGGGAAUGGGAACCUCUGUGCUCUGCAUGUCAGCAAGCUCUUUGACUUCACCACCUGCUCCUUCUCCCACUGCUCCUUUGAUGGCGUUUUCCAGCCGAAGGUUUCAGGAAACUUCAUUGCCUUCUCUGCCUUCUUCUACACGGUGGACUUCAUCCAGACUGUGAUGGGAAGACCUGUGCACCUGCCCAGCGACCUGAAGGAUGCUGCAGAGACUAUCUGUGCCACCAGUUGGAGUGAGCUGCUCCAGAAAGCCCCCAAACUGGAGAAGAGGCUGCCAGAUUACUGUGCUGUCAGCACAUUUGUGUAUUUGCUCACCACCAAAGGCUACAGCUUCAACAACCAUUCCUUCCCCAACAUUGCCUUCCAGAAGAAGGCAGGAGAAACCUCCAUUGGCUGGGCCCUAGGCUACAUGCUGAACCUCACCAACAUGAUCCCAGCAGAGAAGCCCUCGUUCCACAAAAGCAUGUUGUACAACUACUGGGUCAUCCUCAUCCUCCUCUUUGUGGUCACCACCCUGACAUCACUGGUGACUGCUAUCUGCCUGCUCCGGUACAGUAAGUCCAGCAUAAUUUGAUGGCAUGGACAGGGUGGGCUACGUCUGCAGGAUAAGCACCAUCCUGCCUGCUGGAGGCUUCACGGUCUGAAUGCUUGGGAUGUGGCAAGUGCUCAAUGUCCCUUUCCAAGGCCUGACAUCAUCCCAGAAGGAAAGCUGUCCCCAUUUGCCCUCCCCUUGCCCUCAAGCUACAGGAAAGGAAGGACAGAAGAGAUCACUGGCCCUGUGGAAGGACUUAAAUGUUUCCCAGUACUUCUCAGGGAUGGACCCUGGAGCAGGCCUUGGAAUGGGACAUUCAAAGCUAGGACAUCUUUUUGCCACCAGAGCUGACCUAAACUGGGCCAAUGAGCCCAAGCAACAACAGGAUUCAUUUUCAUGUGUAUGUGUAUGAAUGGAGAAUAUUACUUACACUAGUCCUUAUAGCUGACCUCACUAGCCUGACCCUGGAGCACCAGCCCUGCCUCCUGGGGAGCUCUGGGCAUCAUCCAUGUUGUCCUUCUGGCUGAUGCACAAAACCCACUGACCUUCCUGAAAGCAAGGUCUUGGCCUUAGCCAUUGGCCUCAGCUUUGGGUAAGGACUUAGCAACAUGUGGGAAGAUGGCAGCUUCCAGGUCCCACUUCAACAGUCAUACAUGGUGCCUUUACUAUUCCCAUGGUUCCUAUGCCAGACUUGCCUUUGCCACAACCAGAGACUCCUGCACACCUCGGUUCCUGCAGCUCCAUGGUGCACGGCCAUGCUGACACAGAGCCGAUGGGCUCCCGCACUGUGGGGCUCUGCUCUGCACUGGGAAUUGAGCCUGGCAUCAUCCUGCAUGAGGCAGCUGGAAGGAUGCAUCUUUAUUUCCAGUUGAGCAAGAUCAUGGAUGUACAAACAUGAAGAAGGCUUGUUUUUCUUCGAGGUUUUUUUUUUAAUAAUUUGAAAUAAACGUUUGUAACCACUCCUAUAGCUCAGUGGCUUGUUAGCCAGUUCAGCCUGGCUGUCCCAUGGGGGCAGAGCCCCUCAGUCACAUCUACAGGUCAGGCUCUGUCUGAAGGUCUCAGCCCUUGCAGCCUGUCCUGUGCUGAGACACUAUCACACCUAUGUGCACUCUACCAGCCUGGAGACAACCUCAAAUAUACCAAGGUGGGCUGGAAACCUCACUCCAGACCCACCUGGAGGUGAAGGAGCUCUAGCCAGCCACAGUCACCAAGCUUAUGCUUCCUCAGUGCUGGAGGUGCAGUCACCUCAAA